AUGGGUAAUGUUCCAGGGAAAAUAGACCAGGAAGAUAGUUUUAAUGAUGUCAGGCCAGAUUCCUCAUAUAAUACUACAUCAUCGAAUUCUGUCAUCAAACAAUAUGAUGAAGAAGCCUCUUCAAGGGUGAGAACGAGACGCACGACGUCUUUGGUCAAUAAUAUUUUAAAUGGGAAUAAUGCUCGUACAAAAACUGGUUCUCAUCUAUCCAGCACUAGUAGAAGAAAGACGUCACGGGAAAAAGAGCUUGCUAAAGAGGCACAUGCUAAACAAUUGGUUGUGAGGUGUAGCGAAACUGUAGAUGGGGGGUUUUUGGCCCCAUUUGGCUGUUAUUCUUUUGAAAAGUUGGACUAUGAUGCUACUGUCGUUAAAAAUUUAAUAAUCAAAAGAAAGUUAGCGCCGUUUUACACUCCUUUGCAGGAUUUUGAUGAAAGUUGGACUAGAGAUGAGUUGAUAAAAAUUGUUGACGGAUUGCCCUUGCAUGACACGUUCGAUGAAAAUUUGGAAGAAUUCGAAGACGUACCGAUAGGCAAUUUAAGGAAGUCAACAUUUAAUGAAUUAAUAGACAAAUCUUUAUCCAAGAAGGAACAGAGAAGAAUGCACGCAAAGAUUUUUAGAGCAAGAUUGUAUAAGAAAAGAAUUUUAUGGCAAGAAAAUGAAAAUGAGACGUUUUUGGAGAGGAAAUUGGAAAUGAAAAGAAUUGGCAGCAAGUCCAGCAAUGUUGAAGAUAAUACCAGUAGCCAGCCAAGGAAAAAUUACCAUUUACCAAGUGACGAUUUGAAGUAUACUCUUUACAAAAAUGGGUCGGAAUGCCCUAUUUGUUUUUUAUACUUUCCAGGGCCUUUCAACUAUUCCAAAUGUUGUCAACAGCCUAUUUGUACCGAGUGUUUUGUACAGAUUAAGAGAGCUGAUCCUCACUUCCCUCAUGACGAAGUAGACCCAACUGAACCACAAACUAAUGACAGUGAAAAGGACCCAAAUCUUCUUACCUCUGAGCCAGCAAAUUGCCCCUACUGUGCAACUGCUAGUUUUAGCAUCACUUAUCAACCACCCACAAAUCGUGAAACUGGUAUAGGGGGUAUGCCAGCCGACUCAUACGUGUAUAAGGACGCCGCCAUAUCAAGAGCUGAUGGCGGUCAGCCAAACAUAUCAGCCAUUACUUCGGAUACCAUUCGUCCUGAUUGGGAGAUUAAAUUGAACAAAGAAAGGGCAAGGUUGAUGAGGAGAUCCGCGAAUGCCACCGCUAUACAUAUAAGUAAUAGGUUGAUCGAUCCAAGCCAUAGCAGAAGGAGAAAUACAAGUCACAGUAUAACCCCUAUUCAUGAUGAAAGUACGUCAGCUUCAAGAUCUCCUGAACCGACAAUAAACGAACUUGAAGAUCAAAUGGUUAGAGAGGCUAUUAGGUUAAGCCUUGAAGAUCAGGACAACCGAAAAAAAUCAAAGAAUAGAAACACCUCUUUGAGACCAUAG